AUGGUUGACCCAAAAACAAAAAGCCUGCAUAAUGAAGAAGAGCCAAAUUCAGAUAUCUUCAACGUUUAUCAAAAAAAGAAAAAGAAAUCAAUUUCAGAAUUAGAAAAUAGCUAUAAUCUUGAGAAUAAUGAAUAUAAUAAUGAUCACUUUGAGGAUAAUUGCUUUGAGAAUAACGAAUAUAACAAUGAUUACUUUGAGAAUAAUCACUUUAAGAAUAACAAACAUAACAAUGAUCACUUUGAAGAUAAUUGUUUUGAGAAUAAUAAACAUAAUGAUGAUCACUUUGAGAAUAAUCGCUUUAAGAAUAAUAAAUAUAAUAAUGAAUACUUUGAAGAUAAUUGCUUUGAGAAUAAUGAACAUAACAAUGAUUACUUUGAGGAUAAUCGCUUUGAGAAUAACAAAUAUAGCAAUAAUCACUUUGAGGAUAAUCGCUUUGAGAAUAACAAACAUAGCAAUAAUUACUUUGAGGAUAAUCGCUUUAAGAAUAAUGAAUUAGAGUUUUUAAAUAAUAGCAAUAGCAUAAUAGAAAAUGACAAUGAAAUAUUAAUAUCUUUAGACGAUUAUGAAGACAUUGAAAAUAUAGAAAGUAUCCCAACUAAUUCUUUUUAA